GUUGGAUGGAUCUCUAAGCGUCCUCUCCGAUGCCAAACCCCAUCUCACUGCGAGUGCGACUAUGCGACAGAGCCGCCCUCGGACUGAUCUGCAGGCCCAUGCUCAAUCCAAUCUCACAGCGAUGGCCAUUAGCAGAACUCUGAAUGUCUGCUAAGAGUCGUGCAAUCUCGCCUAGUCCCGUCGUCACAUGAAUCGCAACAGCGAUAUAAACACCUUCUGCUCCUUCCCUUGCUGUUCUUCUCUCCUCAUCCAACAACUCCAUCAACUUCCCACAGCAGCUUCUUUGACUCCGGUCGUCCUUUCGUUAAUCAACGCUCAAUCUUGCCACUCUUUUUCAAGAACUUUUUACGCCAACCUCUUUUUUUUUCAAUCAGAAAACCAAUCCACACCAUCAAAAUGCAGUACCAACUCGUCGCCGCUGCCCUCGUGGCCUCCGCUGUCGCCAGCCCGGCAUACGCCCCAGCCUACGCUGCUCCUCCAAGCUACGAGGUGUCUUCUUCCUCGUCCACCGAGGAGGCUAAGCCUACCCACCCAGCGACUUCUUCCGUUGAGCACCCGCCGGUUUACUACACCUCUGCUGCGUCCACCACCGAGGCUCAGACUUACGUGACCAAGACUGCCGAGUCUAGCAAGUCCGUGGAGACUCACCCAGUUGUGUACUAUUCCUCUUCCGAGGAGGCUUCGACCAUCGUUGUCGUUCAGCCUACCAAGAGCGAGGCAAUGCCAGUCCCACACCCAUCUUCCACCGAAGAGGCCAAGACUGUCUACGUCUGCCCAUCCGCCAGCCAGGGCCAAUCUAAGCCAGCCCCAUCUGCUCCCGCUCCAGGCAUGCCCGCUGCGCCCCCAGCGGCUCCUCAGGCCCCCGCUCCUCAGGCCCCCGCUCCUCAGGCCCCCGCUCCUCAGGCCCCAGCUCCUCAGGCUCCCGGCAGCCCAAUGCCCGCUGCCCCUGCUCCCGCUUCGCCCAUCCAACAGAUCAACGAUGGCCAGAUUCAGAACCCAGCCGGCCCAGCCAACAACGGCCCAGCUGCCCCAGCUCCGGCCAGCCCAGCUCCUAACUCGCCCAUCCAGCAGAUCAACGACGGCCAAAUCCAGAACCCAGCCAACGGUGCUGGUGCAUCUCCAUCCGGACCUGCAUCUUACCCAGCUCCCGGCGCUGCUUCCAACGGCACUGCUAGCCCGAUCCCAUACAAGUCUGGCAACAACGGCGCUGCUGGCAACGGCACCAAGUCCCCUGUCUCGCCUCCUCAGGCAUACACCGGCGCCGCCUCUUCCCUCUCGGCCGCCGGCCUCAUCGCCGGUCUCGGAGCCAUGGCCGCUUUCUUCCUUUAAGCGGUUUCGCCUGAGCGACAUGUCUGGUCAUCCCUGAUCAGCAUCAGCCAAACACACAGUACGGCUAUGACCUUGCAUUCGGGCCGGCGCACGAUAUCCAGUUUCGGCGCCAACUUGGAGGACAGGGUCCUGGCUUGGGGACAAUAAUGAACAUGGUCGGGGUUGCGGCGAAGCCGACAGAUGAUCUUGAUGUACUCUUUCCUCGCUCUACUGUUACUACAGAGCUCUCUUAAUACAAAACGAAUGUGGAUUUUCUGAUACUUGAUUUCUGUGC